GACCAGAGCGAGGUGACACUCUCUUCAUCUCCAUCGUGCCGUGCUGAGGGAGGCAGACGUGGUCCGACGGCCCAGGUAGAGUUCACCCAGCCCUGGGAUAGUGCCUGGCACCUCUCCCUCUACCCCUGGGAGACCCAGCGCCUGGCCCAGCUCGACUCAGCUGACCAGGGGGUCCGACGCACCGUCCUCAAAACCCUCAAAACCGGUCUGUCGACACUGUCCCGCCCUGCGACCCUCACCGCUGCACCGCUGGCCAAUCUCAUCCUCCACCUCAGCGACAAGGACUUGGAUUGGUCGGAGGGUUGUCUGAGUGGGCGGUUCCAGCAGUGUGUGUGGGAGCUGAUAGGCUAUCUGGAGGAAGGGGUGUUACCUAGCUACUUCAAGUCCAGUGUUAAUAUGUUGAACGGAGUGACGGAGAAGAGGUCGAUGAGAUGGGUUUAUGUUGUACUGCGCCGUCUCUGAGCCGGACAUUCUGCUGAUAUAAAAAUAUACUAAUAUAUAUAUAAAUUAUACCCUAACCUGGUCCUGGUGUGUCUGUCAGAGAGGAAGAGGACAUGUAUUAGAUAUAACAGAAGACACCACACUGACUUCUACAGAUCAGUUGUACCAUAUUACCGCUCCACUGAGACGCGGACGGGAGAUGUUGUUCAGGCAGUCGUGCAUCUCCUUCACACACAACCUGGGGCUGACUGACUAAACAGAGAUCAUUUAUACAUUGUGUACGAGUAAUAUGGUGUUGAUUGGGGGCUUCUGACUGAGCAGCACAGAGAGUCCGGUCACUGAUGAUGAUGAUGAUGAUGAUGGACUGUGUCUCGGUAAGUAGAUGAGGUAGGAAGAAACGAAAAGAGAAGACUAGGGCUGUGUUUUACACAGACACCCAAUUCGGAUCAUUUUGGGGCCAGAAUCAGGUCGCCUUAGGGACGGAGACUUUGGUUUUCUCCUGCUGAGGACUAUAUAUCUACAUCUAGCACAGCUCUGGCCAAAAGGCUGGUUUAGAAUGGGCUGCGACCAUUGAGGCUACGACCCAUAGGAAUCCCUCGCCCGGUUGACUACUUUAAAAUGGUGGAAGCCCUCAAUGGGCGCUACCCAUUCUAAAACUGCAUUUUUGUUUUGUUUGUUGGGGUCACUAAAAAGCCUGGAUCGUUCUCAAUGGGCCGACUGGUUCUAACUCUGUUACCUUGUGGCUGUGGUAACUGGACUACACAAGGGUAACAAGAGUUAGCACCGGUUACCACAGUCACAAAGUGUUAAUUAUGUUUAAUAAAAUCCCUCCGCCAAUUUCUCCUCUUAAAAUCAGAUUUUUUUWKKKCRUGUUUAUGACGUCAUCAUAUGCAUCACACCUUCUACUGAAUAAAGUUAAUCUCUUCUUUUUCCUGUUUGACAAUUUUUCAUAAUGUCGUUUGUGUGUGUUUUUUGAACAUACUUUUUUGCUGCGGUUGUUUUUAAGUUGAAGAGUGAUUUAAAAUAA